CCUUCCGUUCCUCCAUACAUCAUCUCUAGCUAUACUAGAGCCCGUGCCGGCACGCUCUCUCCGCUGCAGUCAUCCGCCGGCACGCUUCCAUCGGCGUAGCCCUACUAUUUAUUUCUGUUUCUUCUCCGUUGAACGGCGCCGGCACGCCGCCCCUUUUCUGUUGCAGCCGCACGAAAGCAAAAACCUAUUAGACUAAAAUGUAUAAUUUAACCAACCUUGGCCUUUUAUAAUUGGCGGCAUUUGUACGAAAGCAAAUUGGGUAUCCCCGCUGAAUCAACGCGCGCCAUUGUUCGCAGAACAAAAGCUUGCAUCUUUCGUUUCUCUCAGAGCCCUUCACUCAUCACAGAGGCUGCUGUGACUUGACAGUAUAACUGCCUGGUGGAGAUACUGAGGUUUCUGAGUAGCCAUGGCCGAUUUCCAGACCUCGACUCAACGAGCCAAAUGGAUCUUGAGUCCUCACGAGCUGGUUGGCAGGUACAAAGCUGCUAACCAGAGAGCAAUUGAAGCUCUGGAGAAGUUUGGAGCAACACUGAUGGUGGUAGAUGCUGACGGAUCAUUGUCCUAUCCAGACCCUCUGAUAAAUUCAAAAGAAAAUGCUGACAAACAUUCCCGCCCCAAACCUUUGAGUAUUGAAGAAGAGCAAUUUAUGCGAGUAUUUUACGAGAACAAACUUCAAGAAGUAUGCAACAAUUUUCAUUUUCCUCAUAAAAUCCAGGCAACGGCUCUUAUAUAUUUUAAGAGAUUCUACUUACAAUGGUCUGUGAUGCAACAUAAUCCCAAAAAUGUGAUGUUGACUUGCAUUUAUGCAGCUUGUAAGAUAGAAGAAAAUCAUGUCUCAGCUGAGGAGCUUGGCAAGGGGAUUUCACAGGAUCAUCAAAUUAUUCUCAAUUAUGAGAUGAUAGUUUAUCAGAGUCUGGAAUUUGAUCUUAUUGUUUAUGCACCUUACCGAUCAGUUGAAGGCUAUGUACAUGAUAUGGAGGAAGUCUUCCAUGAGAAUGCUGAAAGGCUUCAAAUGCUGAAGGAAACAGCAUCGUUAGAGGUUGAUAAAAUUAUGUUAACAGAUGGCCCACUUCUCUUCCCUCCUGGGCAGUUAGCAUUGGCUGCAUUGCGCAGAUCAAAUGAAGUUCAUGGAGUUAUUGACUUUGAAAGGUACCUGGAUAGUAUUCUCUCUCGCCAAAAUUCUGCACAUAUAAUUUCUGAGCUCUAUGAGCGUUUUAGUUCAAUUGACUCAUGGAUUAAUAAAUAUGCAUUCCCUUCAGAAAAGGACUUAAAGCACAUCAACAGAAAAUUAAAAUCUUGCUGGGGACUGGGCUCCAAUGACGAGAGUAAAAAAAGGGAGAAGAAAUCAAAGCACAAAUCAAAGAAGAGUUCGAAUGAAAUGCAGAAUAUGCCUUCGCACACUUAGCUGUAUGUCUGUUUUCCACCAGUUAUAUUUUGGUACGCAAAUCUCAGCAGGGGACUGACAAAAAAGGAGAGCUAGGCAAUUGGAAGAAGGCAACUCAACCUUCGCGUUGGUUAGUGGGUUUUCUGCAUGAAACCGAUAUCCUUAAGCGGCGUUCAAUAUGAAAAUAUGGAAAAGGAAAACAUCAUAUCAAGCACUGAGAAAAUUUGCCCCCUCUUUGGUACUCAUUCUCUGAUUUUAUUCUUUUCUUCAGUCAGCGAUAUUUCUGGUCAGUAACCAAGUAAUUUCUGCCGUGUAAUGAUAACAUUACGACAAAAUUUUGAAUUUUAGACUUAUUCUCUGUCUUGGAUUUUAUUUCUCAUUUUGUUCUCUCAAUUGAAGAGCUUUUUCAUACA